CACUUCUGAAAUCUUUCGGGUGCCUACCAUUAACCGUGCACGAAGGAAUCGGUUCGACAAAAAGAGUUUGCAAAAGUUAAAGAAACUAAUAAAAAGUUAUGAAUUUCGAUCAAAUUUGCCGCUUGUGCUGUGUGGAAAAGAGCCCAUUAAGGCAAAUAUUGGAAAACAGUCAGCACAGCCCGCUGGCGGAUAUUUUCAGCAAUGUACUGCAAAUCGUGGUCUACGCCGACGAUCACCUGCCGCAAAAUGUUUGCGAAGAGUGCACCGCCACGAUGGUCAAUCUGCACGAAACCAUCGAGCACUUCCGGCAGAACGAUCUCCGGCUGCGCCAACAGCUGGUUCAGGGUUGCGAAGUCAAGGAUGAAGUGUUGUUAUCGGAGCCAGAGGAGCACCUAAUGGAACCGGAAACGCAAACGUGUCAGCUGGAGGAGGCUAAAGUUGAACCCGAAUUAGAAGGUGAUGGUUUUUUGGAGGAAACGGUGGAGGAGAUUGAGCGUGAGGUUGUUGCUAAACCGAAAAAGCGACGCCAAAUGAGUAAGAAAAAUUCCGAUGAAAGUGGCAAUAAAAAUCCGGAAUUGCCGCAGAAGCGCAUUUGCAAACGGGAUCCAAAUCUGCCGCGAACGAACGACCACAAAUGUUACAUUUGCAAAAGCGAGUCGCUCGGCAGCGGCGAGGCAUUGCUGGAACAUCUGAACGUAAAUCACGCGGACGAGGUACCGCACACGUGUCCGCUGUGCGUUCGUGAAACCGUGACGAUAAAGAACGUUACCUCAUUGAACGUCCACAAGCGGAUGCACGCGAUGCCUGUCCAGUGCCCGCAUUGUGAUAUGCGCGUGAUUAACAAGGGUAUUCUCAAUACGCACAUCAAAAUCAAACAUUGUCUAGAUCCGCAACCCUCGCGGUGCGAACAGUGCGACAAAUUAUUUCCCUCCAAAAUGGCCCUCAAGAUACAUGCGCAAAAGCACACGCUAGCGUACAGCUGCGAAUUUUGCGGGAAGCGGUUUAAUGGCCCUUCCAAGAUGAACUUGCAUAUCCAACGGAUGCACAGCCAGGCGAACAAGGUAAAGUGCCACAUUUGCCAGAAGGAGCUCAACUGUCUGGAUGCUGUGCAACGCCACAUCGAAAUCAUGCACUCAAGCGUUCAAUUUCCGUGCUCGCAAUGUUCUAAGAUUUACACCAGCGAGUCCACUCUGCGCCAGCACGAGAAAAAGCACGCCGAGGUUCCCAACUUCAACGCCAGAAUGAAGUCCAACAUUCGCAGUUACUACACGGUCGUGGAGUCCGCGGACGGCGGCCCGCCCAAGAAAAAGUGCAACCAGUGCGAUUUGGUAGUGAGCAACAUCAGCAUGCACCUCAAGUACAAGCACUUCCCGCGGGCAACGUAUCCGUGUGAGCAGUGCGAGCGGGAAUUUCGGGACAUAAAAUCGCUCUCGGUGCACAAGCUGGAGCACACCGUGGGGAAGUUUCUCAAGUGUCCCAUCUGCGACCGGGAGUUUAACGAGCGGCGAAAUCUGCUGUCGCACCUAAAGACGAAACAGCACCGGGACCAUCCGCUGGCGCAGCGGCUCGACUGGCUGGACGCGAUGUAUCCGGCGGGGCGAACGCCGCUUAGUGAGGGGCCGCUCAAGGUCGUUAUCGACGUGCCUUUUGGGGACGAUUUGGUUAAGGAUGAGGAUCGGAAUUAGAUUCAAAUAUGCAUCUAAAUAUUUUUUAAACAUUAAUUGAAAUUUAAACUAACAUCAAGUUUUAAAUUGGCACAAAUCCC